GCGCCUGCGUCGCGGGCGGAAGGUCGUUCCUGUGACCGGCUUGGCGGUUCUAUCAGUUGUCGCCAUGUUGUCGGUCGCCGCCCGCUCAGGCCCUUUCGCGCCGGUUCUGUCGGCCACGUCCCGCGGGGUGGCGGGCGCGCUGCGGCCUCUGGCGCAGGCCGCAGUGCCCGCCACCCCGGAGCCGCCUGUGCUGGACGUGAAGCGACCCUUCCUGUGCCGGGAGUCGCUGAGUGGCCAGGCCGUGGCCCGGCCUUUGGUCGCCUGCGUGGGCCUUAAUGUCCCUGCUUCUGUUCGUUACUCCCACACGGAUGUCAAAGUGCCUGAUUUCUCUGACUAUCGUCGCACCGAAGUGUUAGAUAGCACAAAGUCUUCAAAAGAGAGCAGCGAGGCUAGAAAAGGUUUCUCCUAUUUGGUAACUGCAACAGCUACUGUGGGUGUUGCAUAUGCUGCCAAGAAUGUUGUCUCCCAGUUUGUCUCCAGCAUGAGUGCUUCUGCUGACGUAUUGGCCAUGUCGAAAAUUGAAAUCAAGUUAUCCGAUAUUCCUGAAGGCAAGAACAUGGCUUUCAAAUGGAGAGGCAAACCCCUGUUUGUGCGCCACAGAACCAAGAAGGAGAUUGACCAGGAAGCUGCAGUUGAAGUGUCCCAGUUGAGGGACCCACAGCAUGAUUUGGAUCGAGUAAAGAAACCUGAAUGGGUUAUCCUGAUAGGUGUUUGUACUCAUCUUGGUUGUGUACCCAUUGCAAAUGCAGGAGAUUUUGGUGGUUAUUACUGCCCUUGCCAUGGGUCACACUAUGAUGCAUCAGGCAGGAUCAGGAAGGGGCCUGCACCUCUCAACCUGGAAGUUCCCUCGUAUGAGUUCACCAGUGAUGAUAUAGUGAUUGUUGGUUAGAAACUUGAACUUAAGUCCUAGGCUGCUUUCAUUUUUCAUGUCACCUCAGAAGAAUUGAGGGCAAGCCUCCUGUACUUCUAAGUUGGUUGAUUUGAAAUAUUUAAGAAUUGUUAAUAAUGUACUUGCAAACAUGAAUGUGAAGUAAAUUGAAUUCAAUGUUGAGUACUCAACAAGCAUUCACUUAAUAAAGCCACUGUUGAACAUUGUUAAGCUCAGUCAGACUUGAAAGGUGCAAUGUCUUUGAUAGCUAAUUCUAAUUAAAAAUUGGUGUACAAGAUAUUUGUGAAAUCCAUAAUUGACUUUGUCUUUUACUUGUGUAAAUACUUAUUUCCUGCUUUGUGUCAGGGAUACAGAUUCUAUAGUGCUCAUUGUGAGGGUGAGGUAAAACUGGCUGGUCAUCUCUAAGACCUGGGACAUGUUUUCCCUUUUCUCACAGGACCCAGUAAGAGUGCUUCUGUUUUCUCCCCUGCUGUAUAAUCUUUGUGGUAAUUUUGAAUGUAAUACAUGAGAAACAGUUCUGAGUGUCAGUAGCUCUGAGGGUUUUUUCUCCAGGUCUGGCUAACUGGUUUCCUGCCUGUGUGACAAGCCAAGAAAUAUUUUUGUCCCUCCUGGGAGUAAGUAAUAGGAAUUAUUAAUUUUAAGAGGCAGUGAUGGGAUAUUAUUUGAGAGAAACUUACCAAAUGAUAGUACUGUUUUUUCCUUCAUCUGGCAUUAUUGAUGUUAAUGUCUCUAAUGCUCUUGUGUCUACCCUAUCACGAGUCAGAAAAUCACAAGUCAUCUGACACUUGAUCCUGUCUUUGUGUAAAAAUAACUGCUGAUUUUGUUUCUGUAGUGAUUAUAUUCAAGGUGUUUAUUCCAGUUGCAUUUAUAGUCACUCAGCACCUGACUGAGGAAGUGGGGUGGGCACACAGAGCGCCUAUCAGGAUUAACAUCCUAUUUCCUUCUGCCUCUUACACAUGAUCAGGCAUAAAUUGAAAUUACACAGGUGCAAGGAAUAAAAGUGGUUUUCUUUUCCAUAGGUUUAUCUUGCAUUGGAGGUGGGUCCAUAAUUAUCAGUUGGAUUUAUCUUGUAAUCACAUGUGCACUUGAGAAAUAACAAAGUAGAUAUUCUGUCCAAAGGAGCUGUCCAUUUAGGGUUCCUGUCUUUUUGCAGCUAGGUGUUUGUAGCAAAAAAGGAAAUACCAAAAUUUCUAUUAUCUUUCUAGUGUGGUAAUUGGUGGGGGCACAUAAAAAUAGUGUUUUGUAUUCUAGGUCUCCAGAUAAUGAGGAUUGUUCCUGGUAUUGGGAGUGUGGUGGUGACAGUAAGAAUGUGUAAUGUUCAGUUAUUGAAGACAGGUCCACCUGCUAAAAUAAUUGUUGCUAAAAAUGUCAAACAGCAUGCCUUUCUUAGAGUAAACCAGUACUUCAAUACUGCACCUCAUACCCUGAAGUGGUAUCUUGAAAUAGCUCAUAUUUCCAUUUGAAAUGUUAAAACACUACUAUGUUAGAAUCUAUAUGGUAAUGGAAGACAAAAAUAGAAAGUUUGCAGUCCCUAGAUGUCACAUUAUAGGCAUCUUGAGCUGGAAUUGCUAUAUUUGGUCUUCAGUGGUAUUUUGAGUUUCAUGAUGAGAUACUGUUAAAUCCCAGUAGCAUUUAGUUUUGAAAGGAAGGCUUUGUUCCACAAGUGGCAGGGAUGAUUGAACUCACUUCAUAGUACUUUGCUAAGUGGAUAGAACAGACAUACAUUAGCUUUUUCACUUAUUUUACAGAAAGAAAAUCCUAGACACUAGUAGAAAAUGACCUAAAAUAGAAGUCUGACCUGUUGGCAUCCUGACAGGAGCAUGAACAGGCAUUACUGCUUACUGGGAAUAAUUCUUGGGAAAAUUCUAGGACCCAAGCUUUUUUAGUAUGCUUUAAAAAGAAUGUUAUAGGAAAUUUGGCUUUCUGAAAGGUUUUCAUUAUUAGAGAUAAUCAUAUUUACUUCAGUCUUUCUGAACAUACUUUUAUAAAAAUCUGAAUUAAUCUGAGUGUAUAAAGGGCCUUUGUCUUGGUAUUUAUGGCUUAGGACCAAAGUGCUUUUAGUACACUAAUUUUCCUUAACAGUGGGAACAUUAAUUACCUGAAUGUCAGUGUCAUUCUUUGUUCUCCCCCAGUACUGUCUCAUUUCUGUAUUUUUGUGUCAUUUAAAUUUUAUUGCUUUUUAUGUGUUAACCCAAAAUAAAAGUCCUUAUUUUCCACAAUAUCCUGGGCCCACUGCUUAACACACGUUUAUUUUGUUAUUGCCUAUUUGUUAAUGACUCACCUGUUCAUUUCCCUGAAGUUCAUAUUCAUGUUUAACCCCUUACUGAAUGACUUCCUAGUAACCUACCUGGCAAGCCAAGAGCCUUGCUAGUCUUUUUUGCCUCCGUUUCUAGUAUCUCUUCUCCCUGGGCCUAAAUCAAUUCCCAAAUCCUGUUAAUUUUGGUCUUAAUAUAACAGGCCAUUAUCAUUUCUGUUGUGUGUAGCAUUCUAAUACUGGCUUGCUUUUUAAGCACUGAUUCCUAGUCACUAGACUAAGUGUACUUUAUGUAUAUGAUCUCUUCUAAUUCUCAAAAAAUCCUAUCAGUUAAAUUUUGCUAUUCCUAUUUUAUAGUUGGAGAGUGAGGUACAGGGAAGUCUCUUCGUCUAUAAUUGAUUGGCAUAUUCGUGGAACCAAACUUAACCCAAAGAAUCUUUGAGUCCAGAGCCUGCAGGCCUGAUUGCCACCUUAUACUACCAGCAUUUAUAAUUGAGGUAUUGUCAGUUCUUGCCUGGUCUACUAUAAGAUUCCAAACUAUUUCUUUUGACUAAUCUUGACCCUUACAAUCUACCCUCCACACAGCUACCUUAUAGUACAGAAAUUUAAGAGUGGGGGUUGGGUCUGCCAUUCCCUAGAUGUGUGUCCUGACAAAUUAUUUAAUCUGCUUCUAUUCCCACAUCUGGAAAAUCCCCUCUCAUAGUAGUUUUAGGAAUUAAUACAUUAGCUAUGCCAAGGCGCAAUAUUAAAAAAACUCAACAGAACCUCUGUUGAGGUUCUUAGCUGCAUCCCAUCAGUAAACGCUUUGCUUCAAUGACUGAAUUAUUUUUUACCUGUGUGCUUCUCAUGUCUAUUGAUUUCUGUGUGUCCCCCUCCUUUCCCCUUUAGGCAAAUUGACUUCUGUCCUUCAAAAGUCUGCUUUGGUAAAGUUCCAUAGUAAAUCUUCCCUACGUACCAUUCAUUUUUCCAACAAGAUUUCCCCAAAUAGGAUAUAUUCAUUUGGUUACUUAUACUACACUUGUAGAGCUUACUUUCCUGGUUUGUCUCCUCACCAUCUUGCUGAGAGGGUUGCAUAGUUGGCAAAUGCUCAUUGGGUCCUGGAUGGAAAAAUGUGAAUUUCUAAGUGGAACUGUUUGAAAGGGACAUUUUCUAGGGAUUAUUUUGUAAAUACUAAGUAUAAUUUUUUUUUAAUCAUGUAAUGUCUGUGUUUCUUAUUUUUCAGAACUUUUAUGCUGGAACAGUGUUAUUUUAUUUUGGAUUGAAAUUUGGAUUUUGUUUCCAGAAGGAAAAAAAAAAAAAUGAAUUCAAGAUGUUAACAUUUUACUUCAGUUAUUUGCUUCAUAAUGAAGGUUCUGCCUGUGUAAGAUUUCAGUGGAGGUCCAUCCUUUAGUGUUUUAUGUCUAAUAUAUGCAGUGGGCAACAUUUCAUUACUUUUGUCAUGUCAUCAUUUAUUUUUUCAUCCUAGGAUUUAGGGAGGGGAAUGUUUUAAUUAGAGAAAAAAGUAUUUUGGAACAGGUGAAUUGAUCAGUUCCCUGAAGUAGGAAGGAUUGAGGAUUAUAUUCUCCUUUUCAGUACUCAGCACUACUUACUGGAGGUUAAGAAUGUUCUCAGCACAGUACUGUCAGGAAUAUGAGGUUAAGAUGGUUUCUAGUUCAGAUACUUUAAGGAGACCUAAAUAUAACACAAAGGAAAGAUGAUAAGUGCUUACUUCUGUGAAUGCUUAUAAAAUAGAUUAUUAUAGUUUGGAAAUCUCUGGUCUGCAGCACAAUAUUAGAAUUAAUUUUGUGAAGUGCUUCCACAGUAUCUUUGUAAUAACUCUGUUGUAAUGAUCAACCUAAGACUGGUCUCCGUGAGCUGAAAAUCCCAAAUUCAAUAAACUGUACUUUAUAUUUUACCACUA